UCUUUCUCCCUUCUAUUCUCACACUCGUUAGGACUUCAGUUCUCGAAUUUGAGGUGACGAAAGAUACAUCCGCGGUUUCCCCUUCCCACACUCAGUCAACAAACAACAAGCCAAGCAAAAGAGGAAAGUGCCAACCAAGAAGUAACUGUAGCAUAAUACCUUCACGAUGUUCGCUCAGAAGCUCAUCAUUCCCGCUCUUGCGGUCGUCAGCUGUGUCGCCGCCCAGACUGCAUCUGUCUGCUCUCAGGCCACAGCUACCAUCAACUCCCAAGCUGAUGCCACAGCUUUCGCUUCCUGCUCGACCAUCUCAGGCAGUAUCGUCGUCAGCUCUGCGGCUUCCGGUGUCAUUAGCAUUGAUGGACCUCAACAAAUUACUGGUGACUUCACUUGCGAGAACGCUGGUGGUCUGACCAGCUUGGGUAGCACAACCCUUGGGUCAAUUGGAGGUUCCUUCACAUUGAACAACUUGACCCUCCUCUCCACCCUGUCGAUGACCGACUUGACAUCCGUCAAGACCAUUGCGUGGACUGCUCUUCCAGCUUUGUCCUCGCUGACCUUCCCAUCCACUGUUAGUUCUGCGACCAGUGUGACCAUCUCCAACACUUUCUUGAGCACUCUCGAUGGUAUCAACUUGGACACUGUGGCCACCCUGCAGAUUGACAACAACAACCGAUUGAAGACUUUCAGCACUCAAGUCGCCAAUAUCACAUCUGCUGUCAACAUUAACUCCAAUGGCAACAGUCUCGAGGUCUCUUUCCCGAAUUUGAUCUGGGCUGCCAACAUGACUCUGAGAAACGUCUCGUCUAUCAACAUUCCCUCCUUGGCAACUGUUAACGGCUCCCUCGGCUUCUAUGGAAACUACAUGACCAACAUUGCCGCUCCCAAUUUGACCUCUGUUGGCAGCACUGCAACUGGUCAGGGUUCUUUGGCUUUCGUUGCUAACGCCAAGCUCGCCAACAUCUCCAUGCCCAUGCUUGCCACCGUUGGAGGUGCUGAUCAAAUUGCCAACAAUACCGAUCUUACUGGUAUCAGCUUCCCAGCUCUGUCCAUUGUUGGCGGUGCCAUUGAUUUCUCUGGAAACUUCUCCACCCCAUCGCUUCCAGCUCUCACCAACGUCAAGGGUGGUUUCAACAUUCAAUCCACUGCUACCAUCGACUGCACUAGUUUUCAAGCUGAGGCCGGAUCUGGCAAGGUUAUCCAAGGUACAUACAUUUGCAAGACGACUGCCGAUGCCACCACUCUCGGAUCCUCCACCACCACAGGCUCUUCGUCUGGAGCAUCAUCUACAAGCAGCAAAGGCGCAGCAGUUUCCUAUGGUGUGAACGAGGCCGUUGCUGGUAUCUCGGUUCUCGGAGGUCUUCUGUCGAUGUUGUUGUAAAGCAUUGGGACGUCGGCGUUUUUCUUCCGUUACUAUCACCAUAAACCUAAUCUG